CGUUCUUGAUCCGCGGUUUAAUUUUACCGUUCAGCUUCGCUGUCUUCUGAGAUGUUGUGUUUCUCCCAUCAUCGCAAUGUUUUCAGCCGAUCGCCAGAGAUCGCGCAGAUAAUUGAGCCAGUGAAAGGCAUACAAAAGAGAAAGCCCACAGUUUGAUCAUUUCUUUCUCGGAGAAGAUGUCGUGGCUUCGAGUUGUCUCGAUUUGUCUCCUCAAGAUAUUUACCGUGUUUGCUCACAAUAACGUUCUUUUACUGCUAGCCGACGAUGGUGGAUUCGAAAUCGGAGCGUAUCGAAAUCGAAUCGUUCAAACUCCUGCUCUCGAUGCUCUCGCGAAAGAAAGUCUGAUAUUCAACAAUGCGUAUGCCUCUGCCAGCAGUUGUUCACCCUCGAGGGCAUCUAUUUUGACCGGAACACCGGAGCAUCAAAACGGAAUGUAUGGACUCCACAAUGGGGUACAUAAUUUCAAUGCUCUCAACAAGGUCAAAAGCAUAUCCAGCAUCCUCAGUACAGCUGGCGUGAGAACUGGUUUGAUAGGAAAAAAGCACGUUGGGCCAGCUGAAGUUUUCAAGUUUGAUUACGAGCGUACAGAGGAAGAAUAUCCGAUCAAUCAGGUGGGAAGAAAUAUCACCAACAUCAAAUUGUUUGUGAGAGAGUUCCUGAAGGAUAACAAAGAAAAGGAUCAGCCGUUUUUCCUAAUGGUUUCGUUCCACGAUCCGCAUCGUUGUGGUCACAUCACUCCUCAGUAUGGACCAUUCUGUGAACGCUGGGGCUCCGGCGAAGAGGGAAUGGGUCUGAUACCAGAUUGGCAUCCGAUAUACUAUGUUUGGGAUGAGUUGAUUUUACCGUAUUAUGUCCCGGAUACAGAACCUGCCAGGAGAGACGUUGCUGCGCAAUACACGACAAUUUCGCGAUUGGACCAAGGAGUAGGUCUAGUUUUGCAAGAACUGAAAGAGGCUGGCCUGGAUCAAGAUACACUGGUGGUCUACACCUCCGACAAUGGGCCACCGCUCCCGGCUGCCAGAACUAAUCUGUACGACCCAGGGAUGGCUGAACCAAUGUUUAUUCGAUCUCCAGAUCCAAAGUGCCGCAGAAAUGCAGUAACCUAUUCAAUGACCAGUCACUUGGAUCUCAUGCCAACGUUCCUCGACUGGUUCAACGUAACCUAUCCCGAAGAGCUGCCCGAGAUCCUUGUUGACGUUGAAACCAACGCUAUCGAUCAGAAACCCGUCAAACCUACUCUAACGGGAAAAUCUCUUCUGCCAUUGCUUUACGCAGAACCUCCGGUCGAUCCGGAUCAGGCUGUCUUUGCGUCUCAAUCUUAUCAUGAGAUAACGAUGAGCUAUCCAAUGCGAGCGGUGCGCACCAAGCGUUACAAGUUGAUCCACAACCUCAACUACCGAUUGCCGUUCCCAAUUGAUCAGGACUUCUACAUCUCGCCAACCUUCCAGGAUAUGCUCAAUCGUACAGCCUCCAAGCAGGACCUACGCUGGUACAAAACCCUACGUCAGUAUUACUACCGACCCGAAUGGGAACUUUUCGACCUGAAGUUGGAUCCAGCGGAGCGGAAAAAUUUGGUCAGAAAAUCAGUGGGAAAGGAAGUGUUCGAAAAGCUGAAAACCAAACUGCUCAGGUGGCAGGAGCAGACGGAUGAUCCGUUCCGUUGUUUACCAGGUGGUGUGCUGCUGGAUACUGGUGAGUUUCUGAACAAUGCAACCUGCCUUCCGCUGAGACAGUGAAUACUUGUGGCACACAUCGUUCUCUGCGAAAGAUUACAUUUAUCUAGUAUAAUAUUUAGGUGUGGAUUUUAUUGUUCGUCCUGUCAUAAUAAAUUUAUUUCCGCUUUUA